CACCUCCCCCGGAAGCGGAAGCGCGGCUCACAGAACGAGGAAAGAAGGAAGAAGAAGGAGGAGGCCUCGUUGGAAGGGAACGUGUGGAUGGCUGCCUGGCUCUGACGCGUGUCCUGAGGAGGAUCCUGGUGUUUAUGCCAUCCCUUUGAUGACUCCGGCUAAACAAUGUCCCACGUCCCUUUGGGAAAAGUCCUGCUGCGAAAUGUUAUUCGACACACUGGCGCACACAACAAGAUCCAAGAAGAGUCAGAAAUGUGGAAAAUACGGGAGAUGGAGAAGCAGAGCAAAGACAUUUAUUGGGGAAAGCAACCAAGAAUGCUGUCGAAAAGUUCCAGUAACCGGAUGCGUAGCGAUGGGUUUGACGAGGAGCAGGGCAACUGCAAGGCAAGGAGCCUGGCCUCAAUGUCAGCAGCUGUGGAAGAAGACCUUCGGCAUGCCCGAUACUGGAACAAGAAGCUCUACGAAUACGAAGCCAACAUGCCAGACAGAUGGGGACACAGUGGCUAUAGGGAGCUGUAUCCCGAGGAGUUCGAUACAGACAGUGAUGGAGAGCAAAACGAACAGAACUCCGUGAACGGGAAAAGAAAACGUCACCUCGGCCAACAGUCUUCCCUUGAGUUGCCCCCGAGGAAAAAGCCCAAAAAGUCUCACAAGAAGAAGCAGAAAAAGAAGUCCCAUAAAAAGCAGAAGAAGAAGCGGAGACGGGAGGAGCCGAGCACGACAGCGGAGUCUUCCCCGGAGUCCGGACCUUCGGAGGGGGAGGGCGGCGCACGGAAGCGGGGCCGCCACAAAGGGACCAAGAAGGCCUCGGCCCGGCCUCCGGGCUCUUCCUCAGGGCAAGGAGAGCAGGACUCUGGCAAAGCCAGCAGCAGCAGCAGCCCCUCCAACAGCUCAGAGGACAGCGGAACAGAGAAGCAGAAGCAGCGGAAAAAGAAAAAGAGGCGGAAACGCCAUUCUUCUGUGUCAGAAAGAGGCAGGGAACGAGUGCAGGAGAAGCGCAGCAAGAGGAAGAACUGGAAAGUGGCAGCAGAUGAAAAUUCAGAGGACAGUUCUGAUGAGGACUAACAGGAACACAGACUAUGCUGAGAAAAUAGGCUUUACCCUACAUUUGCUGACCCCUUAAAAACGGUAUGGGUUAGUGGUACACAAACCUUGGCAACUUGCAAGGGACAUAUUUCACGGGGAUUGGAAAGCAAAACAGGACUGUGAUCUUCCCACUCAGGGCCCAUGUUUUCCCACCCCAUGGCAUGGCCUGUUCUGCCACAGGUAGGAACCCUUACACUAAAGUUUUGAACAUGGCGCAAAAGGGAACAUGGAAAAGGGGGUGAAUGAAGUCCCCAAAACUAUUUUUUACUGGUCAGUAGGUACAAUCUAAUUGCAAUAAAUAAUGAAGAAGCAA